AUGAUGUUGACGCCACUAAGAAAUUUAAGCGUGCUACAAAAUCAACGUUUCAUAUGGCAUAACAGAUCACGAGAUGAAUGGAGAUUGACAUUAAAGUAUUAUGCUUGUGAGAUUACUGAUUCUGAUCGGUUGUUUUAUAGAGAAAAUAUUUUUUUGGUUCUCAUUGAAUCACUUAAACGAUCAAAUGGCCAGCAACAUGAUCCGCCACAAUAUCAACAUAACAUUAACUUGUUGACAUUUUCAGUAGUUAACUCAGUGGAGUCUCUCAUAGUGCAGCAAAUUCAAUGCAAAUGCAAGAAAUGUAACGAUACAACAAUAAAAACUCCGGCAGUUAUAGAAUUUCUAGACGAACAGUAUUAG